AUGGGCGCCGUGAAUUGCUGCGCACAAACGGCUUCGGAUGUAGAUGCAUGGAAGACAGGAACCCGUUGUCGAACGUUGAGCCGAGGUGAAGCGAAAGAGCUGAUGCCAAUGUACGACUAUGAGCCGUCACUGUCACUGGACCUCGAAGACCGUGCAUCCAAUACCGAUGGUGGAGGUAUGGCCUUCUCCCCGGGAACUCCCAUCUCUACAUCAAUUAGACCUGAUCUCGAAGACAAUUCGAUCGAGCUUGUCGCUGGCGAGGGUGUUGUAGCGAUCCAUAAAGACCUAAAAGAGCAGGAGAUGGAGAUGUCUUCGGAGGCACGAGCACUGCUACCUGCGCCCAACUCAUGCCCUCGUUCGGGCAUAAAUCUACGUGGCAGACAAUCACCGACAUUAGGUAGCAAUAAGUCGCACGCAUCGACACCACGCCGUACGCAGUCGUUUGGCGAAGCUCCUCAGCAAUUACGUCUUGAAGACUACUUAUGCACGUGCAAGCAUUGUCCUCGAGCCAUGACGAUCCAACGUGCUUUUCAGCUCUAUGGCUUUGCAUUGGACCACCCUCACAGUGACGCACUUCUUCACGUGUUACGUGCCUGUGCUAAUUACGAUGAGACUAUUGUUGAAGUUGAUCCGAUUUUAGUGCUACAUGCCGAGAAAAUGCUGGAAGAGCUCAACUUUGACGAAAACGAAACGUUUCGUCUUCUCGUUGCCUCGCAUUUUAAACACCUAUAA